UUUACAGAUGCCGUCAACAAAACGAUAUAAAUAGAAGGAAUGUCUGACACUGCUCGUCUUUUCACGGUACCAUCUUUAUACGGUACAUCCCGUCGCGAAAAUGUGGUACAUUGCAAUAUUUUUUCUGCUUGGCGUUUGCGCGAAAGAUUUCACAGGGCAUCGACUGAUCUCGAUCACAGCUCGAACCAAUGCUGACCUGGAGUUUCUCAACUCUCUGAGUGACAGUGGCGCCUUUGAAGAGCUUGAUUUUUGGACUGAACUUUCUCUCCAUCACCCAGUCGAGAUUCGAGUUUCACCAAACGACUUUGAGAAACUUCAACAAAGUUUGUACGAUGUUGGUUUGACGUACAUUAUACUCAACCAUAAUAUUCAAGACACGAUUGAUGAUGAAAAGAUAGCUAUGGCAAAGGUUCCAAAGAAUGCAAACGGAUGUGACGUCACAGGCACCUACUGCACGUUCGCCGAGAUAUCGGCUUGGUUGGACGAGAAAGAUGCGGAUCCCCGCGUUCAAGUUUCAGUUACGGCAACAUCUUCCUUUGAGGGUCGGCCUAUCUUUAUAGUGAAGGUUGCAGCUGACAUGAACAAUCCAAAGGAAGCUGUUUGGAUCGAGGCUGGUACGCAUGCGCGAGAAUGGAUUGCCGUUUCCUCAGCUUUAAAUCUGAUUGAAAGGCUAUCGGACACACAAGACACGUUCGCCAAUGAAAUGCUUUCAAAUUUUGACUUUUAUAUUGUACCUGUGCACAAUCCGGACGGUUAUGUCUAUUCACAUACAUCAAACAGACUUUGGAGAAAAAACAGACAGACAUGUACAGGAAUAGGGUCAGGGGUUGGAACUGAUCUGAACAGGAAUUGGGGCGCUGGAUUCGGGGGUGCGGGAACAUCCGCCUUUUGUUCAAGUCAUACUUAUAGAGGCAGUGCUGCAUUUUCCGCCCCUGAGACCGCGGCUUUGAGGGACGCCGCUUUCGGUGCUGAUUCUCCCUACAUCAGGGCGUUUUUCUCUGUCCACUGUUAUUCUGAAUUUAUGCUCGUUCCUUACGGCUACACAAGCACAAAGCCGGCGAGAUAUACUCAUCUUGUCGAGGUUGCCGACGCUAUGAUGGCAUAUUUGGAAACAGUCGACAAUAGAUAUUACUUAGUCGGAACUCCCCCGGACAUCCUCUACGCUGCAUCAGGCGGUGCGUAUGACUAUUUCUACAUUGAAGGAGUACCCUACGCGUACACGUAUGAAUUACGACCACAGAGUGGAACAAGCAAUGGCUUCGUAAUCAGCCCAUCAAACAUUCCAACUGCUGCAGAAGAACUGUUUAUCUCAUUGUGGGCGUUCGCAACCUACGACAAUCUAAACUACGAUUAAACCGAACUCAAAGCUGCAGAAGCUGCGCAACAUCAAGAAACAUCCCUAGAAACUGGGUUUAUGUUGUUAUUAAAUCUUCAUUAAUAAAUAAAAAAUGCCUUGAAGUGUUA